UCAUCGGGUUCUAUUGUGUUGGUAAUUAGUAAGGUUCUUUAAUUUGUUAUUCAAUAAAAAAAACAACUUGUUCUUGAACUGAAGGAAUAUAAUAUUGUCGCUCUAGUUAAUUGCGUACUAUAGAAAUAAAAUAAAGAGUGGUAUUUUAGGGAAAUCUCCGGCAGCCAAAGAACAACUAGACACAAAAGAAAAACGUCAAUCAAUUAUUCACCAAAACAAAACUCCUAACCAGGGUUAAUCUGUUCGGGCACAUUCCUUUCAUGAAUUCUUACUACAGUGUCUAAAGAAUUCCAAAGAAAAGAAAUCUAGUGAAUGGAAAGGUGUAAAAACACCCACAUUUUACAGUUGAUUGAUUGUUGUUAACCGUUUGUGAAUCCACAUAAGUGACAUCACACCUUGCCGUUGCGAACUAUUCUCCGUCCCCUAGAACACAAACAUUCUUCGAGUGGCAGCAAAUCAUCAACAUGACAGCCAGAAAUCCUCAAACACUAAUGGCUCUGCCCAGUGAAGAAAGUUUUGAUUUUCUAUUCAAAGUUGUGCUAAUCGGUGAUGCUGGAACUGGAAAAACUUGCAUAGUUGAACGUUUUAAGACUGGUAAUUUUAUGGAACGUCAGGGAAAUACAAUCGGUGUGGAUUUUUCAAUGAAAACCAUUAGUUUAGAAGGUAAACUAGUUAAGUUGCAAAUUUGGGAUACGGCUGGUCAGGAACGGUUUCGCACAAUAACACAAAGUUAUUAUCGUUCAGCGAAUGGUGUUAUCAUUGUUUAUGAUAUAACCAAUCGCAAUUCAUUUGCAAAUCUGCAAAAAUGGAUCGAGGAGGUACGACGGUAUACAACGUCAAGUGUUCUGUUAAUUGUUGUUGGCAAUAAAUGUGAUCUGGAAAAUGAGCGUGAAGUAGAAUUUGAGGAGGCACAACAAAUGUGUCAAUACAUACCGGAAGUUCUAUACGUUUUAGAAACAUCUGCCAAAGAGAAUCGUAACAUUGAUGAUGCUUUUGUGGCGCUGGCAACGGAAUUGAAGCGACGCAUCGAUACCAGCAUAACACAAGUGGAGAACGAUGAAGAUGCCAUUAAAUUAGGACAAAGUAAACCUCUCAAUCAAUGCAGUAGUUCAUGUAGUUUAACGUAAAAUGAAAGUUUAGAUUUUGUUUCUUUUACAUGCAACACAUAUUCGACCAUCCAUAUUUAUACAUAAAGAUAUUUAUAUUGUGAUUUAUUUUAUAAUGGUAGCAAUGAAUUAUGUUUUUAUUAAUUUAUUUAAUAAUUUUCACUUAAUAUUUUUUUUGUUUUAGUUCCUUUUUUUCUUUUUGUAAUACAAUAUGAUGGUACAAAUGUUAAAUGGUAUUUGUAUUUAAGAUUUUAUCCAAUGUAACAUCACACAUUCACACAAAUCUCUUGACAACAAUAGUCAAUUAACAGCCAUUCAGCUGUAUUUUAGUUUUAUUAUUUAUUUUCUUAUACGUAUAUAUAUAUAUUCCAUAAUAAUAACAAAAAACGUCCUUGUUUUUUUUUUUUUUAACAAAGGAAAACAAUCUAAAGGAAUAACAUUUUAACCAACGAAUUGUUAAUAAAUUUUUAACAUGUUUUUUUGAAAAGGUUAAAGAAA